AUGUCAGAAAGCAAUAUCGAAAAUGAGACUAUCAAAACAAAAAACGUCAGAUCUAUAAAAUCUUUUUAUUUUGCGCCUAAAAAGAUAAAAUUGGAAGUAAACAAAGCAUCUAAUUUUGAUUCUUCUUCUGAUGCAAUAAAUUCGAAAACUACAAAUGUAAAUAAAAAUAUUCAUCAUUCGACUGUAAUGACGAUUGAACAUGAUACAACUAAUGCAGAGUUUUCAAAAUCAUUUAAAAAUAAUACAAAUGAACAACCUAAUCAAGAACUUGAAAAAUCAAAUUAUUCAUCUUCAUCUAGUACCUGUAGUAGUGUUGACUUAUGCAGUUCAAGCUAUGAAAGUGCUGAUGAAAUUGAUGAAUCUAUUUUUACAAACUGUGAACCAGAAUUAGAGUACAUAGUCAAGCCUCAAAGCCUUCGUACAGUUCCUGGUCCUUAUGAUAUUUCACAAACCAUCGAUGAAGAGCCAUAUCAACCAAAUUUAAAGAACUAUCCUAAGACUACCUAUGGUACUGGCCGGACAAAGAGGACCAGAAGUUUUCAAUUUUGUUGGUAUGAGCAAUUUAAGUGGAUAGAAUAUAGUCAAAGUGAAAAUGCUGUAUAUUGUUUUCCUUGUAGGUUUUUUUCACUUAAACAAAAGAACGAUAGUGAUAGUAUGUUUAUAAGUACAGGUUACACUAAUUGGAAAAAUGCAAUGUCUAGUAGGGGUUUUUUGAGACAUGAUAAUAGUGAUGAACAUAAAAACUGUACUAUUUCAUGGGUAGAAUUUAAAAAAAACAAAUUAAACAAGACUUCAGUGUUAUCAAAAUUAAAUAAUCAUCAUGCUAGUAUUGUAAUUGAAAAUAAAAAAUAUAUGGAAGCAAUAAUAAUUUCUUUAAGAAUGUUAGCUAUUCAGGGUAUUGCCUUCCGUGGACAUCUUGAAAAUGAAUCUAGUAUAAAUCAAGGAAAUUUCUUAGAGUUGAUGAAAGUUAUUUCUCUUUUUGAUAAUGUUGUUAAAAAGAAAAUUAAUGGCCCAAAAAAUGCUAGGUAUCUUCAUCAUUCAAUACAGAAAGAAUUAAUUCACAUCAUGGCUAGUAUGAUAAUAAAUAAAAUAUCUUCUGAACUAGACAAAUCUAUGUAUUUUGCAAUAAUGAUAGAUGAAACUAAGGAUAUUACAAAAACUGAACAAUUAUCAGUUGUCGUUAGAUAUUAUUAUAACAAUGAAAUUAAAGAGCGAUUUUUAGGGUUUACUCCACUAAAAAAUUUAGAUGCAAACACAUUAUUUAAUCAUAUUCAAGUAAAAUUAAAUAAAUGUAAGAUUGAUAUAAAUAAAUGUGUUGCACAGACAUAUGAUGGAGCUAAUGUUAUGAGAGGCUCAAUUAAUGGAGUUCAAGCUUUAUUUAAAAAUAAAGUUCCUCAUGCUGUUUAUAUUCAUUGCCACAAUCAUCGUCUUAAUUUAGUUCUUGUAGAUGUAGCAAAAAAUGUUGAUGAAGUAAAUUUUUUCUUUAAUUUUUUACAAGAUUUAUAUAAUUUUAUAUCUGGAUCUUCAAUUCAUUCUAAGUUCAUUGAGCUUCAAAAACAAAUUUUAAAAAUUCCAAAACCAAUUGAACUUAAAAGAUUAUGCCUUACUCGUUGGUCAUCUCAAAUUCAUACAUGUCGAGCUGUUAAAGCUACUUUGGAAGUUAUACUGUUGUUAUUAUAUAAGAUUUCAAAUGAAAAAAGUAUGCGUUCCUCAGAAGCUACUGGUUUACUUAAGAACAUAGAUUUUAAAUUUAUAUAUUUAUUACUUUUUUUUAAUGAUUUACUUUCCCAAAUUAACUUGUUGACCAAAUAUUUACAAGAUAAAAAUGCUGAUAUGGCCAAAGCAAUUAUAUUAAUGAAUUCUCUUAAAGAACAUUUUUGUGAAAUAAGAAAUGAUCUAAGUUAUCAUUCAAAAUUAUAUAGUGAAUCCAAAUUAAUGGCAAAUAAAUUAAAUAUAAAACACCCUUCUGCACAAAAUAAAGAAAAAAACAGAGUUAAAAAAUUACCCAAACAUUUGCAACAAUUUAUAGUUGAAGGUAGUUCAUUGGAAAGUUCAGUAUUAGGUUCAGAAACUGAUUUUCGAAAAAACCUUUAUUUAAUUAUUAUAGAUAAAAUCAAUGCUGAACUAAGUAAAAGAUUUUCUAAUAAUGAAGAUUUAUUGAUAGGAAUUAGUGUAUUGGACCCAAGAAAUAGUAAUUUUUUGGAUAAAAAUCUUAUUCAUCCAUUUGCUUUAUCUUAUAUGUGCGAUAUUGAUUCUUUAGAUUCUGAAUUAAACAUUAUUAGAAAAUCAAUAAAACAAUUUGAAUUAAAAUACCAUUCUAUAAAAACUAUUUUUCAAUUUCAUAAAUUUUUAUUGGAUUAUCAAUUAGCAUUUUUUGAAUUAUAUAAGUUAUGUACUAUUGCAAUUACAAUACCUGUGUCUUCAGCAGCAUGUGAAAGAACUUUUUCAUGUAUGAAAAGAAUUAAAUCAUAUUUGAGAAAUUCUAUGCUUCAUGACAAUCUAUCUAGCUUAAGUAUAAUUGCUAUAGAAAAGUCUGAAGCAAAAUCAUUAAAUAUUGAGGAUAUAAUCAAUAUUUUUGCUGAAAGUCAUAAUAAUAGAAGAAUUUUAUUAAAAUAAAUUAUUUAUAUUAUUAUGUAUUUUAUUGCUGUUUUUCUUAACUUACCUACAUGUGUUAUAUAGGUACUUAUAUAAUAUAUUAUUAUCUUAUCGUUUUUA